AUGAAGUAUAACAACCUAGAGGCAAUAUAUGAGAAUUAUGGGGUCUCUGAUCACUCACCCAUACUAUUGAGUACUGAGGUCACAAGAAACUCUUUGCCUAAACCAUUUAGGCUUCUUACUGUGCUUAUGCAUGAGGAUGAAUUCAGCAAGAUGGUUCAAGAGGUGUGGAGCAAAAAAAUCACUGGAUAUGCUAUGUAUUCAGACUGGCAAAAGCUGCAGAUCCUAGGGAGCGAAGCAAAAGGAAUGAAUCAAGCUUUCAACUCAGUGGAUAAAAGACUUGAGAGCCUAAAGGAUCAGGUGCAAAAAGUACAAAAGGAGAUAGAUGAUGACUUAUUCAAUAGCCCAUUGAUCCUGAAGGAGAAAGAGUUAUUACUGCAAAUAGAAAAAUGGGAAGGUAUUCAAGAAAAGGUGUAUAAGCAGAAAUCAAGGGCAAUGUGGAUCUCAGCAGGAGACUCUAAUACAAGGUUUUUCUAUGCUCAUUUAAAAGCAAGGCAGGCUAGGAAUAGAGUCUCUACCAUCUGUAAUGCUCUUGGGCAUAGGCUAACUGACCCCCUAUUGGUAGAACAAGAGUUAAUAUCAUUCUUUGAAGGCUUACUGGGAACAAGGGCUGCUGAAUUACCCUGUCUUGAUGUGAAUAUUGCUAGGAAUGGACCUUGUUUGGAUAGAGAAUAA